AUGGCCGAGACAGCCCCGGCAGCUGUGUAUGGCGCGCCGCAGGUGAUGACAAUGCCCGCUGCAGGGGCCAGCAUCGCCGCAGCGCCCGCCCAGCCUGUCACCUACGUCUACGCGGCCGCUCCCCAGCCAGUCGAUGCACCCGCCGAGGCCACCUACGUGCAGGCUGCUCCCCAGCAGGUGGUCUACGCCGCGGCGCCGCAGCCCCAGGUGGUGUACCUACAGGACCCCAGGCAGCAGGCCGCCCACCCCGCGCAGCCAGAGCAGCAGGUGACCUACGUCGUCCAGGACCCAGGGCUGCAGCAGUACGUGUUGCAGCAGCCGUCGGUCAGCUACACUUUGCCCAUGCAGCCGCACUUCACGUUCUUGCCGCAGCAGCCUGUGACAGCAACAUUGGAGACGAACGUUGCGGCGGCCGCGCAGACGACCGCCGCCGAGGGCACUGCGGCCGUGCUGGCAGCGACCUCGACCGCUGCCAAGAAGGCGGGGAAGAAAACCACGACCAAGGUCUCCAAGAAGAAAAAGGGUGGCUGCUGUUGA